AUGGUGCAGCUGCAUAGCUGCCAGCCUAUGAACGCCACCGGCAAAGACAGUAUGCUCGAUUUGCAUUUAGCAUUAUCCAGUUCGGGGUUGGAAAAGAUUGCGCAUGCGGCAGUAGAAAAAUGUAUGAUUGAUGGUAGGGAGAUUCGGCUCAAGCAUGCGAGUACACCCUUGCCUGGGCCGGUAGAUGAACACGCUACUAGUACCGUACAGAUGUGUCUGCUGCACGACAGAACAAGCCAAUACCACGUUGACUGGGCACAGAGGACAGCGAAACGAGGACGAAUAGGCUCAAAACAACGGGCCAACAAAAGACAACCGCAACAAAUCCCACUCUUUCGGUUGAAGCAACGCAAGAAUUUCUGUUCAGUCAAGUAUCCACGCCACUCAAGUGAUACCACAACAUGA